UAAACAUGUUAAAAUACAGUGACAUACUCACACGAUUUAAUUAUUAAUGUCAUUUAAUGGAAUGCAACAGUUAUAAAACGUGCAGUGCUAAGGAAUUUCGUACAUGCUUUCAUUUGAUAAUUGAUCGAUAUGGAUGUGUGGAUGUCACAGAGCAGCAUAAAACAAAUUAAGGACUUGAUAUAAUAUGAAACUAUUAAGAUAACAGCAGUUAAACUAAACAUGGAGUGUCUUAAGUUACUUAUAGUCGUAUCUAUAUUGCAUGAUGUCAAGGUCAUUUCCGAGGAAACAGGAGGAUAUUACAGUUGUCGCUAUGGCAACUGCACAGUCGACCGUUUACUAAAUGUUUCUGACGUGAAGAUCGACAAACGCAGUAUCCAUAGCAAAAAUGGCACUGAAGUUCCGGAGAUGAAGUGUAGAGUAAAUGAUUUGUAUAAUAUGACUUGUGCCUGGGCAGUCGAUGGGGUUUCCACGUGGAAAGCUAUGUAUAAAUCAAGAGAAAUGGACACAUACAAAUGUUGUACAGCAGACAAAUAUGAAAACUGUACCUCAUCAAGGAGCAGACGACAGUGUAUCGUACCAUAUACUGAUUUCUAUAGAUUCAUUCCUUAUAAUAUAACUCUGACAGAAAUUUCAGAACUAGGAACACAUUUUUAUCACUAUACAGUGGUACCUGACAACACAAUAGCAAGUGUAAAUAUAGAUGAUAAUGUACGAGUGAAAGCAGGGGAAACUCCAUACAAGCUUGUGGUAGGGUUUACCUUGCACCAUCCCCCGAUUGCUGUGGGUGGUAUGAAGUGUGAUAUUUCUUACGAGUCAAACCAGGAACAUGCAAUUGUCGGGAAUUCAACCCACAACAUGUGUCAGACGAGCUUAGACGUGAACAUAACACUAGAUAAGCUUUCACCGUUCACACUUUACACAGUGAACAUUUCAUGCAAGUCACAGUUUAGCCAUUACUGGAGCAAUCAUGUGGUAGGUUCUGGAAGGACAAAGCCAUUAGAACCUACAGCUGCAAAGAAGAUUAAUAAAGGCAAAACCAUCGCGAUAGCAACUUCAUGUUCAGUUGUAGUAUGUCUGUUCACAUUUAUCAUCAUAUCGUUCUUCAGAAAAAGAAUAAGAGGUAUGAUAAAGGAUAAUACACUUUCAGAUGAAAUAAUCAACCGCAUUUUAGAAGACUUUCCAGAUAAUAUUCCCACGCAGAGUGACAUCUGUUCCGAGUCAAGUGAGACAUCCGGAAUAUAUUCCAACUCAUCAAGUUUGACAGAUGAUCAAACAAACGCCAAAUCAUUAGAGAGUCAGCAAGUCAAAAACAAUGAAGUUUUUGAACUGUCAACGCCUCAAAUGGAAAUGCAUUUGGCUGUCCAUACAAGUGAUUUAUCAAGAAGCAUACCUGAUGAUUAUUUAAUACCAGUCACUAUUUCUAAGAACGACCUGGAUGAAGGAAAGGGACUGUUUGUCACUGGAAACGAAAUUGAAACUGGUCAAAUCAGCACAGAGCUCAGUGUUGCAACAGAUGAUGGAAACCUACAAAAGUUUGACCAUAUGAGAGAUGAGUCACAGGGUAGAUUUGGAAGGGAAAACGUUGAAACCGCAAGAGACAUAACUGCAAAUUUUGGAAAUCCAUGUAAUGACUCAGUUGAAAAUGCUUCGUGUCAUUUGGCAUGUGAUUCAAAUGACCUACAAGUGGGAGAGUACAAUAAGGCGGUGUGUUUGCUCACAAUUAAUUCUGCCACUUUAUCUAGUAAUAGGUAUUUAGAAGCACAACCACAUACCACUUUCAGUAGUAUUCCCUCUACCUGGCACACGUUUGACACAGAUGACGGACAUUCAGGAUCUUCAAAUUCUCAGUUCAAUGAUUAUGUUGAUGUGCUCCGCAGCAAUGCUUUUUUGGGGCAAACAAUUUCCUCUUGUGACGCGUACAUGAACCCUGGAGGAGAUGAAGAUGUUGAUUCUAACUUAACAAGUAUAACCGAAUAUCAAAGAGCUGAAGCUUCACAAAUUUCAAGGAUCUUUAGGACUGACUUUUCCAUUCCUGGUGAUAUGCACGCCAACAAUUCGGAACAGUUGUUUACGUCUGACUUCGAUAGCUUAAAUGUCACCACUAGUGGAGCGACAGCUUACAUUGAGUCUCUUGAUGAAUACCACAGAGCAGAUAUGAGUGAAGUAUCUGCGAUAUUUACUACCCAUUAAGAAGACGUUUCCCGUUUGCCAGUUUGCAGUCGUUUACUUGUGAAUCAUUUCAAAUACCUGUUUGCCCUCCGUGACCUCGGUACAUGUCUUUGAAGCUUACCCGACAUGUCAUCGGGAGUUGUGGGUGUAUUUCAGUAUGGGCGGAGUUUAUCGAUAGGCAUGUUGCAAACACGCAGUUAGGCCCAAAUCAAAAUUUUGUGUUUUUUUCCGCUUUACUUGUUUUUAUUUUUGUUCAUUAAAAUUUUUUGUAUCAUG